AUGCGUGACAAAUGUGCCAAAGAACCUAAUGCUGAAGAAUGUACUCGAAUUAAAUCACAAAUGGAAGAUUUACUUCGUAAAUGUAGGGAUAUGGCAACACCGGUAUCAGCUUGUGAUGAUGUUAGAGGUAAAUUCUGUACUAUAUGGCCUAAAGAACUUUUUUGUUAUUCAUCUGGUGGCGGUGGUAGUCAAAUAGUAACAACUACGAGACCAACAUCAUCAGGUAAUGAUCCAAAUUGGUAUCAGAUUCCAUCUGAUCCAAACGAACUUAAAUUACGUGGUGAUUAUUGUGUUAGUCAUCAAGCUGAAGAUAAAUGUCGUAAUCUAUUAAGCGCAUUAAAAGUUCGUUAUGAAGAAUGUUCAAAACGUCCAAAAACUGAUGUCAGCUGUCAAAAUUUUAAAGCCGCAUUAUGUGCAGCUUUUCCAAAAUUUUCUCCAUGUCUUAAUGGUUCUAAAAAACGACAUGCUACUCCACUCAAACGUCUAUUUCAACGACAAUAUGAGGUAGCAACAUCAUAA